AUGUCUGAAGUCCAGAAAAAUCAUCUUCCCGGGUCGAAGGGUGAAUCAGAGAGGAACCUCGAGCUUUCUGGAGAUAUAUUUGCUCUACAAAAGUAUCGGCUCCGCGGGCUAAAUAUUGCUGAAACAGUAUGCAAGUAUAAGGAUCUGCUCCGGACCGAGAUUAGCCUUCGGGAAAAUUCCCAGUGCAAGCAGGCCGUUGUGCAGAAGAUCGCAGCUAAGAUCCUGGAUGCGAGGGCAGAUAUGGAGGAUAUUCAAUAG